AUGUCUAUAAACGACACGAGAAAUAUGCUGCUUCUAAGAAGAGACAUGCACUUCUUAUUUGAUCAUCAUCGCUUUGUCCUCGCCGCCAAACGAGAUCGAUCAAAUAAAGCCCACCUCGUGCUUCAUGUGCUCAGCCAUGAGAGGGCUGAUGAACUUGUGCCACUUUAUCACAACAGACAAACACAAACCCUUCGUGGUAUCUCGAUCGAAUUUCUCUUUGCACGGCUUGCUUUUACAUUGUUCAACUCGGUACAUUUCCCGCCCUUCAAUGGCAUGGCUCGGCUCGCUGUCCUACUCUAUGAUCCAGAGUCGGGCCGGAUUCAUGGCGACAAUCUUUUCCAACAGCAAAUCCGUGGCGAGAUGAAACUCUUUGACACUUAUUCAAGGAGUCAAAGUCGCAGCGUUAGUCCGAAGAAGAGAAGCCGCGACGAGUUUGAACAUGAGGAAGCGUCUGCGUGGAAUGUCGAUCAUGAUAGUGAGAACUGGGAUGACUUGGUAUAUUCGGAUUCACCGCCUCGCGGCCGACAUAAAUAUUAG